ACAGUUUGCUCAUGGCUUCCAGUGGAAUGUAACGCAGGGAAGAAGAAAUAUAAACAAUUUUUCCCCUGGGAUUCCUCAUCAUCAUGAAUCCUACCCAGCUUCAUGUUUUUAUAAAUCGAGACCAUAUGACAGAUCUCCGAAGGUACCUGGCAUUCAAAUACUUCCAGUAUCUAGUCCUACCUUCUCCAAACCUCAUCAUCACUCUGCUGGGAUUGUUUGCCAGUCUCUAUGUUGCAUUGAUACUGACAUUGCCUACUGUAUCCAAAAAAUCCACUGUGGUGUUUAUUAGUAACAUAGCUCAGGCAGACAUCUUAGUUGGCUGCAGCAUUGUUUCUGUCAUGAUGCUAGAUGUGAUAAAGAGUGAAAUGUUAUCAGCUUCUUUUCAAUCAACCUUGAGGCAGAAUUUCCAACUUGCCAAUAUUCAUGCCAGUUCCCUUUUACUCAGCUGUGUUAGCCUUGAGGCCUUUCUCAUUACAUUUCUUCCAGUAGAGACACGCCACAUAAGGAAUGUUAGAUGUGCCAAGGUAGUUUCUACAAUCAUCUGGACUGCUGUGAUCACUGAGUGUGUCCUUUAUCAGCUUGAGUGCUUCAAAGACCUUAACGUCUCUUAUCUUGGCCUUCAUAGGCAAAUUUUGCUGUUGUUAAAUUUCUGUUAUGAAGUCGCAAAACUGUUAAGAUUACUUAUUUACCCAAUUGGACUUCUUUUAAGGAUUUUCAAUGCAUAUCUUUUCUAUAAAAUGUAUUUCUGAGACUGUUAUAGUUAUUUGUAUGUGUCAGGAAUGCUAGGUAUGGUGCCCUGAUUUUUUGUUCUAAACACUAAUCUUGAUGGUACUCUGAAAACAUUUUGUAGAUGUGAUUAACUUUUAAAGUUAACUUUAAGUAAAAGAGACUAUAAGAAAUGCUAUAGGUAGACGUCAUUUAGUCAGCUGAAGAUCUUAUGAGUGAA